AUGAUGCAAUAUGAAGGCCAUUUUGAGCUUGGAUUUGGUCAACCCUUAAUUUGUGGAAAAUAUCCUCUUGCAGAGCAGUGUUAUGGAGUGUACUCAACUUAUGGACCUCAAGCGGAGGGCCGCGUCAUGCUACUACCGUUGAAUAUGACUAUGGAUGAAGGGCCAAUAUUCGUCAACGCCAAGCAGUACCGUGGAAUUAUAAGGCGCAGACAGUCGCGUGCCAAGGCAGAAAUGGAGAAUAAGGUGCUCAAACCCCGUAAGCCAUAUCUGCACCUAUCCCGCCAUCUCCAUGCAAUGCGCCUUCCAAGAGGCAAUGGUGGACGCUUCCUCAACACGAAGAAGGAUGGCGUUCAGGAUAACACCGACAUGAACAAGACUUACGAAACACAACUUCCACAGCCCACCGGAUCCCAGAUUUCCGAGGUUCUUCAAUCUAAUGGAGGAAAUUCAAGUUCAUCGAAGGAAACUAAUGACAGCAGAUCAACCAAUCCAAUUUCGGAAGUUUCCUGUCAACUAUUUCCCAGGGGCAGUCUUCAUUCCUUUCAAUCUAAUCAUCUUCAUCCUUCAUUUCAGUCCCUGUCGAAUGCUGGCCAUGGCAUUGUCAUGGGCAGUAAGUGGAUUUGA